AGAGGGGUGUGACACUUCUCAUUCUAGACAUAGGACAACCGACUGCAGGGCAGCCCUAUUUAUAGCGGUAACAAAGGAAGAAGAGAGAUUGUCAAGGCUCACUGUAGCGUCUAACAAUGGAUGACAGUUUUAGCGUACGGGUGGACAAGGUGUUCGGCUCUCUGACGGUGACUUCCAACAAUUUGAGUUCUCUCUGGUGUUUAACUGAGGAUGAAGUUGAAAAAAGGGAAUGGAUCAGGGAUAACCCUUCUCGUGAGCUAUUUGAUUUUGAUUCCAGACCCUCACCUCCUAAUAUUGACGGCUUCUUUGCUAAGCCCAACCAAACCCUAGAUUUUCCUAAACAGCUCCAAUCAGAUUUGGUAGAGCUUAGCGACGGACCAGAAGAAGAAGAUGAUAAUGAUGAAUUUUCCGAAAUUAAGUCCUGCAUUGGUUUAGAUUGCACCCUUGACUAUGAGGAGGAAGAAGAUGAGUUUGACAAAAUGGCGGUGAAUAUGGGAAAGGAGAAGCAGCGGUCUGAGGAUGUCUCCGACUAUGGAAUUUCUGUGGACACUUACCAGGAGCUUCCUCUUACUCUUCAGGACAUUAAGAGAGAUCCUCGUGCUAAUCACAAGGCCGCCAAGCUCAGGCUCAAGGAAGAUGCGGAGGCUGCAUUGAGAGGAGGUUAUUUAGGUUCCAUGACGCCUGCUGCGUCCAAGGCGCAAGGCCGGGAUGAUAUUAAUAUGUCCCCUGAUUCAUCCAUUCCUGAUUAUGUGAGGAAUCCAUCCAAGUAUACUUGCUACACACUUGAUGUAUCGGAUGGUAUGGAUGAAGAAUCCAAUAGAAAAGCCUACGUGGACUUUUUCGGUCUAAUGAGGAAGCGAUCGCAGCCGGACGAUGGUAGCUCCACUGAUUUUCAGAAAUCGCCCACAUUUAACCCGAUAAUGAAGCAGCCUGCUGGUUCAUUCACCAAACAGGGCAUUGAGGCAGAGAAAAUGCAAGUGAAGAAAGCAGUUCCCCUUAGCAUUGUUGCCGCAGAAUCCAAUGCUCAAGUCUCAGUCAUGGAAGAAGAUGAGUCGCCGCCUGUUGCAGCCGACAAAGCUAGACCUGUAAGUUUGCAUAAGCCUGGCAAACGUUAUAGAACUAGGACCACUAUGAUGGAUGCUGAUAAUGUUUGAUUUUCACUUGUAUGUGAUUCUAUGAAAAUAGUCUGCUCGGGUUCUGUCUUUUUUCUUGUUUGAAAAUAGUGUGCUCAGACUGACGACUGGAAUGUUUGAUUUCCUUCACUACUUGAACUGUAACAAUUUAUCAAUAUCUACAGUGGGAGUUUGGUCA